AUGAGUGAAAAUAAAAGUAGUACUUCUUAAGACGAGUAAGAAAAAAUUCUAAAAGAUUUCUAAUUAAAUAAGAUCGAUAGUUAACAGCCUUAGCAUCUUUAGGAAUUUGAAUUAAUCUAAAACGAAGAUAGGUCCUUACCAUAUGAAAACCAUAUUAGCUAGUCUUAAGAUUUGAGUUAGGAAAAUAUUCCUGUUUAAUAAUUAGAAAAUAAUGAGGCUAAUUCUUAAAGUUAAUUGCAUAAACAGGAAAGUAAAAAAAAAUUAAAAGAAUUCAAUCAACAACGUCAAGCAGGAUAUAGAGAAAAUACUUUAUUGAGAUUAUCAUAAAUCGAAACAAGAGAAGAUAAUAGCACUCCAAACACUCCUUUCAAUCUUUUUUUUGCUCCAGAGCAGUUAAAAAUAAAUUAAGAAAAAUUCGAAGCUUUGGAUAAGAUUGAAAAGAAUCUUGUUAAUUACUUAGAAGAUUUUUCUCCUAUAGCUAAGAUUGAAGAUUCGAGAGGUGAUGUCACAGCAUAGGCUUUUGAUUUAAGCAUGGUUUAAAGCAAAGAUCUUAUUUAAAGCCAAAAGAUUUUAAGUUAAGGCGGAACUAUUAAAACGCAGCCUACUAAGUCUACAUUCAGUAAUUAAAUAUAAUUAUUGCAAAAAAAUGAAAUGUAAAGCACAAAAAAUGCUAAAUAAACUUCUAGUGUUGCAGUUUUACCGUAAAAUAUAAACUAGCCUAAUUCUAUGACGAAAUUAUCAGCUAAUUCUAAAUAGGAAUAAAAAGCUCAAAAAUUAAGAGAGAGAUUAGAAAAAUAUAGUCACUAAAUGAUGAGUAAUAUACAAUUGCAAAAUAAUUAAUUAGAAGUUGCUCCUAAAAAUAAUAUUCAUACUAAAAGUAUGCUAUAGCUAUUUAAUAAAAACGCGAACCAAAAACAAUCUGAAAAAAAGAUAAUUCAAGCUUAGCAAAAUUAGCAAAUUAACAAGUUCUAAAGUCCAAGCAGUAAAAAAGAUAUUACUAAUGAAAUUAAGUAAGAAGAACUCAUUCAGUAUAAAGAAAGAAAAGAAAAAUCAUGCACUAGCAGCAACAACUAGGUUAAUUCGUUAAUUUCUAAAAAAAAGCUAGAUCAAUCUAAGACCGAAAAAAAUACUCCCAACAAUCAAAGCAAAUAAACUGUGGCAUAUAAUUGUGUAAAGUCUAUGAAUCAAAAUGUAUCUUAAUCUAUUUAGGAGUCAAAAUUCAACCACUAUCUAUUAUCAAAAUAAAUUUCCUAAAAUCACAAAGUAGUUGGUGGUAACGUUUAAGCGUUUCAGAACUUAACUUAAUCAAAAUUUUUAUUAAAUUCUCCUUAAAAAUAAAAAUAUAAUUUAAAUAAUAUGAAUGGUAAGAAAUAAUAAUCAUAUCAAGGAGUUGAAUAAGAAGCUCAAAAGAUUCCAUAAAAAGACUAUUCUAGCAUGAUUUUUGAUUUUAAUCACUUGUAAAAAGAAACAUACUAAAGUUACUCUCCUUCUAAUAGAGUAAAAACUGAUACAGAAGUUUUAAAAAGGAAAAGCAUGCUAGAUUGUGGUUAAAAAUAAAAUUAAAAUCAAAGAAAAUACUCAGAUAACUCUAAUGAACUGCAAAAAGGGAAAAGCCUCUCAUAAGGUAACUUCGACUCUGAUAAAAAAUAAUCUUAAAAUAAUAAUUAAAUGCAACUUUAAGACAUACAUGAAAUUCAAAUUGACGAAUUUGAUAACUAAAAAAGUAGUCCUUCGCAUUAUUAAAAAAUUAAUAACUAAUCUAAAUUUAAUCAACAACGCAUUUAUGAAAAUACAUAAUUGAACAAUUAAUAAGAAUAAAAUGAUCUGGAUUGUGAGGCUUUUACAAUCAACAUAUACAAGAGACAGUAUGAUUAAAUAUAACAAUCUGAAAUAAAUCCUCAAUGCGAUUCGAUUGUAGAUAAAUAAUAAAAUAUGUUGGACAAUUCUACACAGCUAUUUUAAUUUGAUUAUCAAAAAUAAAUAAGCAAAGAAUAGAUAGAUGAAAUUUAAGAUAAUAACAGUGAAAUAGAAGAAGAAAAUAAAAUUUAUAACUAAAGAUUUAUUCAGAGAUCAUAUACUUAAGAUAAUAUGAUAAGAAAUAUCUGUUAGACUGAUUCUUAGUAAUUUAAAGAGUAAAGACAAUUUUAGAUUUAGGAAUAGAAAAACAAUUCUCCAUCAAAUACUAUUUAGUAUGAAUAGGAUAAAAUUUAAUUUUCUAAAGAAAUUUUAAGCGAAAACAGUUUCAUUUAAGAUGAAAACAAAUACUUUGCAAAUAUUAUAAUUGAUAGGAAUAGAGAAAAAUUAAAUAGUAACAAAAUAGCUUCACUCUAUCAUAUUAACAAUUUUCAGGUUUCAAGUGAAUCUAAUUUUACAGCUUACACGAAUGCAAUUUCUACAACUACUUAAGGCCAUAAAGCAGUCUCAAGUGCUAAAUAUAUAGAUUAAGAUGAAGACGAAGUAAUUGAUUAAAGAUUGCAAUCAUAUACUCAUCAUAUGCUUGACGAGAAGCAAUAAGAUUAAAUAAUUUAAAUAGUUGAAUAAAAUGUUCAAGAAGAUAAUUCAUCAAACUAAAAACCUAUUGCUUCAUAAAAAAAAGAACCGAUUUAGUUAUCAUCCUAAAAAAAAAUUUAGACAAUCUAAAUUUAAUAAAAAGCUAACUCUGUAAAUUUAAUGAAUAACUAAUAAAACUUGGUAAUUGAAAAUAAAGCACAAUCUUAACGUUAUAGUGAUUAAGUUGAUUUAAGAAAGAAAUAAGAAAAGAGUACAAAAAAUAUAAAUUAUAACAAUAAUAGCUUGAACAAUAACAGUGCUCCUAUUUGUCUCUUUAAUUUAAACAAAGAAUUUAUUAACAAAAAUACUAAAAAUAUGGGAAAAAAGAAUCAAAAUAUGACUCUUAAUUAGAAUUACUUUACUGUAUAGAAUGAAGGAAAUGAGAAUACCUCCAAAAAAAUGAAUUAAACUUAGAUAAAAGAAAAAAAACACUUUAGUACAUAGGAAUCGCCUAAUAAGCCGUCCUAGAAUUAAAAUUUCAGCUAAAAAAAUAAAUAACAAUAAAAAAUUGAUUAGCUUGUUCAAAAUGAUUAAAAAAUGAAUUUAACUCCUAAAUAAAUUUCUUUAGAAAAAUAAGGCUCAAAUCCAAAAUAGAAUUAAAGUAAGCACGUAUAAAUUUAAAUUAAUGAGCCAUAAAAUAAUAACUAAUUUUAAGCUCAAUAAAGCUCUUAAUAAAAUCUUCAUUAAUUGAUCUUAGAUAAGCAUUUGGCUUUGGCUGUCUCUCUUCCUGCCACUCCACAAAGCACUCAAAAUACAAGUCUCUAAUUCUAUUAAUAAAACUCUUAGUACUCACAGCUAUUCCAAUAAAAGCAAGCAAGCAAAACUUCAUCAUUUAAAGAAUUGGCUAAAAAAAAAGAUAAAUUUAUAAGAAAUUCAAAUGAUUUUAGCUCUCCAUAAAAUAUCAAUUUAAAUUAGAAGUAAAAAAGUGAAGAAAUCAGCUCAAAAGCAAACAAUAAAUCUGAAAAUUAAUUUAUCACAUUAAGCUCUGAUUUAAAACUUAAUUCAACUAAAUAAAAGACUCAAUAGCUUUGUAAAACAUUAAGCAUAAUUUAUGAACCAAAUAGUGAGGUUGCAUGCUAAAAAUAAUCAAAAGAUCUUGCUGAAAAAAGGCUAUCUUAAAGAUCUCAAAAAGAUAAUGAAAUUUAAAGCACAAAAAGUCAUUUUUAGUUAACAAUGUAGUCUAAAAAUCAAUAAAAAUAGAUAACUUAGGAAUCAUAAUAAUCAUCAUCUUUAAAUAGUUUAAUACCUUCAGUUAGAGAAUCAUUCUCAAAAUAACAUUAAAUGAUGAUUGACAAACAAUAAAAAAGCCCCUCAGUUAAACUUAAACCAUAAGCAAUUUCAAAAACUGACAGAGACCACUUAAAAGAUUCAGAAAAAGAUUAAUAAAAGCAAAAUUUAAAUAGGUAUUCAUCUCAAAAGUUUAUAUAAUUCAGUUAAUAAACAUUGAAGACUUCACCAGAAUUAACUUAAUUUAGUUAGCCAUAAAAAAAAAUAUCACAAUCAAAAACUAUUUAAAAUUUCAAAAGCCAAGCUUACUAAAAUAUGAUAGAUAAGUACGGCUAAGAGUAACAAUUAAUUAAAGAAAUUUUACUUCACCAGACAAAGUGUAGUUGA